GCCAUAGAGAGAACAGAUAAGAGUCGUGUGGAGAGCGAGGAGAGAGGAGAGAGGAGAGAGGAGAGAAGAGAGAAGAGAGAGGAGAGAAGAGAGAAGAGAGAGGAGAGGCGAGGGAGCGGGAGCGGGAGCGAAGAGCACGCAGACACCGCAGGCACACGCACACAUGUCAGAGUGCUACAGUGAGAGAGAGAGAGAGGGAGAGUGUGCUAGUACGAAUGCUCGGGGUUGAGCUGGAUGGAUGUCCACAUGAGUUUGAGCGCUGCGCACUGGGUGUCGACGACGCCGAGGACGAUGGCUACGACGACGACGACGACGAAGACAACAACAACAGCAACAACAGCAACAACAACUUCGACUACGACGACGACGACAGCCAAACACAAGAGCACAGCGCUUGCUUGGUACAGAGCAGCUUCGCACGGAGAGUCAGGUUCAGCGUCCGACUGCAACGAGCGCCCACCACAGCGAACGCGUCGGACAGAACGCGGGCGAAUGGGAGGGCGCGGUGGCGGCGAGGAUGCCGAUUAGGCUUAGCGCAGGACCAGCGCCAGCCGGCGUCCAAUAACGACGCGGUUCGCAGAGCUUUUUUGUGCAUUACACACGACCAUACCACCAGACACCUCCCCCAGGAGCCUGCAGACAGCUGGGAACCCAUUCGGCACAUCCACCACCACCGCCCCAUCGCCGCCGUCGUCAUCGUCAUCUCCAUCAGCCAACAGUUCUCCCCCUCGUUGCUGGCUGACCCCUUCGUUGCGUAG